UAUUUGUUUAGUUUAGUUUAUAAUAUGAUCAACAUUAGCUGUGCACAGUUAGCUAAUCUUCCUGGAGUUUGUGUGUUAGCUAGCUAAAUAUCAGGCUACAGCCAGAAGCUAGCUUAGCCACCGGUAAAACACCGUUUUUGUGCAGAACAAGAUAUAAAGUGUUAAUCAUUGCCUCAGAGUUGCUGAUGCUUUGAAAACAGUCACAUCCUGCAGGGAUGAUCAAAGAAGCAGGGGAUCCAUCUUGACACAACACCCUCUCAUUUGCCUCCAAAGGCAGCUCACAUUGAAUGGACAGAUUAAAAAACAUUGCUGCCAUGUUAGAUACAGACCAGCACUCACACUCCAUAAUUAUUAGCCUGAUGAUUGCACACAAGUGUUUUUGGUUGUUACAUCUGGCUCUGUGGAUGAUGGAAGUUGUUGUGUGUAUCCACCGCAUUUUCCUGGCUGUCAAAAAUUGCAUUCUGAAAAUGCCGUACUCCUCUCAUCAAGAGUCAUAAUUUACUUGUCAAAGCAGGAGUCCUCUCAGCAUGCGGCAGGCUCCCUGGGGUUAUAAUUGCGAGACGGUUUGGUUCUCCUUAAAUGCCUCCAGUCAAGAUGUAGCACAGGCCUGCAAGUCAGGCUUUGUGUACUCUUUCCUUUUAAAAGUAGCCAUUUACACAGAAAAUUGUAAAACACGGUUAAACAUUUUUUUUGGACUAGCUUUACUAUACUUUCGCCAUCAACUCCUUGUCAUCACUGACAUUUAACGCUGAUUACUUUGGUGCUCAGAGAGUCGUCUCUACACUGACACAAGGUCCCCAUCUUGUGGAGGGAGCAGGAAAGUCUGUCUCAGUCAGACGGAUUUGCAGGUUAAGAAGGCGGGAAUGAGCAGGAGGACGACGUGAGGUCCAGGGUGACACCAGGAGAUGCCGUCGAGAAUGCUUUUCCUUUGCGUUGUGUUGGUCCGAUCCGGCCCAUCUCGCCACUUCAGACCGAGCGGUUCUGCGACUGUAAGUUGCCGUCCGGCUACUUGACCUCUCCAGGGCGUGAAGGUAGACCCGUCGUGUUUGGGUGCCUGUCCACACAGGAUGGUGACUCCAGCGGGGGAGCGAGACGACCAGGACUCCCCUAACACCACCACCCUCAAAUCCGACCCAGGAAGGUCUUUGUUGUCUGAGCCUCUGUGACCCUGACUUGCAGAUAAAAACUCAAACUCUCGAAUGACCUUUGCGCUUUCCAGAUCCUCUCUGCUUUUUUUCUUCCUCGUCUCCUCUCCUCUUCCUGUCAUCUCUUCCUUUUCCUCGCCCAUCUCCAUCUCUUUUAGUGUUUCAAGGUGACAGUUAUUGCUCUCUGCAGCCGACGAUGCUGUUUUCAUCCUCUGAUCCUCCCUAUCCUUUUCUCCUCUAUCUGAUUCUCUUCCUCUUCCUUCUCCCCUUCUCUCACUGACCUCUCGGUACAUUAAAUGCAAGUCGGCUUCUGAGCUCUCAACUGCAGCUGUCAGAUCGAAAGAAUCCCCCUCAUGCACUCCCACAUUGUAACUAUCCUCAUAUUCUCCAUUCUCUCUUUUGAGCAACCCUUCUUCCCGUUCUUUAAGAUUCUGUUCCCAUUUUCCCAAUUUCUUAAGUAACGCCUUUAAAUUGUUCUCUUUGUUGUGAAGUUCUUCCUUCAGCAGAGCCAAGUCUCUCCCCAUCUCAUCUAACUGCUGCGUUGUAGAGUUUACACGCUCAUUUUGCAUUUGUAACUCUGUCUUCCAGUUGAGCAACCCCUGCUCUUCAUUUCUUAGGUAAUACUCCCUGUCUUUCAGCUCCUUCCCGUGAUCUUUCUGCCCUUUUACCUUCUCCUGAAGAUCUUGACCGUGAUAGUUUAGCUCUUUCUGUUUGCCUUCCAGAGCUCUUAGCAAGCUCUCUAGCUCCUGUUCCUUUUUCUUGAUAUUUUGCACUCUCAUACUCACGUCAUGCUCGUAUUUAUCUUUUUCUUCCUGCUCUUUUUGUUGCCUUUCUUCCCAUUUGCUAAGUUGUUCUUCCUUGCUUUCCAACUUUACCUCUUUUUCAACAAGCUCCUGCUCUUUUGCAUCAAGUUCACGUCCUCGUUUGCUCAACUCUUCUUUGUUUCUGUUCAGAUCCUGCUCCCUUUCCUCUACUUCUUUUUCCCUUUUUAAGAAUUCCUCAACCUUCGUUCUAAACUCACUUUCUUCCUGGACAUGCACUCUCAUCUCAUUCAUCUGCCUUUCUGCCUCACCCGCUCUCUCUUUCAUCCUUUCUAUCGCUACCUGUAGUUGGUCAUUCGCCUCCUUUAAUCCCUCGACCCUCACAUCUCUCUCUCUAAGAAUGCCCUGGAUCUCUGCCUCUGUGCUCUUCACCUGCUGUUCAUAUCCCCUGAGAUGUUUUCUAACUUCUUCUUCGCUCUCCGUCUUCAGCUCCUCGCACUUUAUUUUGAGGUUGUCCGUCUCUUUUCUCAGCUUCUCAUUUUGCUCCUGCAGCUCCUCAACUCUCCUCCGACUUUCCUCACAUUUCUCUGUGGCUUCCUCCCAACGACUUAUGGCGCACUCCUUCUCCUUUGCCAUGGCUUCCAUGCUCUCGUUCCUUCCCGCAAUCUCCUUUUCAUAACUCUGAAUCAUGCUCGUCAUCUCCUUGUCCAUCUUGUUGAUGAGCUCCUUCAGCUCGGACUUUGUCUGCUCGAUCGUUAGCCUCAGUUGGAUGGUCUCGUUCUCGUUCUCUCUCUCUCGCUGCUUCAGUUCUUCUUCUUUCUCCUGAAGUUUUGUCAUCAUUUCAGCAUCUUUUUUUCUCUCCUGCUCUGCGUGACGCUGCUGUAUUUCGAUGAUACUGGAUGUUUGGUUUUUAUUGCUUUCUUUCAGCUCUUCAAUUUCUUUCAAGUAGUUUGCGCAUGUCUUUUUUGCCUCGUCAAUCUCACGGUCUCUCUCUGCAAGAAGGCAUUCCGCUUGUGCUAUUUCAUUUGUUUUAUUGUCGAUGAUUUGUAACAGUCGGUUCAACUCGUUUUCUCCUUUCUCGUCCUUCUUCCUCUGCUCUUCCCUCCAUCCCAUCUCCCUGGAGUCGGCCUGUUGUUUAACACUUUCAAUCUCAGUUUCCUUUUCUUUUAGUUUUCUCUCCGUGUCGUUUAAAAGCUGCAGUUUCAUCUCCUCCAUCUCUCGUUCUCUGUCUUGCAGUCGCUGCUCUGCCUCUUUCUUUUGAUUGAGAAUAAUUUCUCCUCUCUCCUCUUCCUUUCUCCGCAGGAUUUCGUCAACAUCCUUUACAUGCUGAUCCAAUUUUUCUAUCAUUCUUUCUUUUUCUUGGAGUUUUUGCUCCAUCUGUUUCUUGUGGUUUAAAAGUUCUUUUAAAUGUUCUUUUAUCACGUCUGUUUCUCUUUGUCUUUCCUCCAGUCUUUGCUCCAUGCCUUUCUUGUCAUUUAAGUGAUCAAUUUCUUUCUUUUCGUUUUGUUGCAGCUUUUCAUUCAUUUCUUUGACAUUGAGCUUCAUCCCCUCAAUUUCUUUUUCUUUUUCUCUCAGUCUUUGCUCCAUUUCUUGCUUGUGAUUUAAAUUAUCUAGUUCUUUCUCUUCCUUUUGUUGCAGCUGUUUCUUCAUUUCUUUCACAUUUACUUUGAUCUCAUCUAUCUCAUUUUCCUUUUCCUGCAGUCUUUGCUCCAUCUCUUUCUUGAGAUUCAUAACAAGUCUUUCCUUUUCUGUUUCACUUCCUUGCAUUGUCUCUUUGAUUUCAUUAAUGUGCUGAUGUUUUAACUCCUCGAUUAGUCGGUCUCUCUCUUGGAUUUGUUGCAAAAUGUAUUUUUCGUGGUUUUCAUUCAUCACUUUUUCAUUUUCUAGCACCUUUUCCUCUGUUUGGGCGGUGUGCUUUUGCUCCAACUCUCUUAUCUGUCUUUGUCUUUCCUGCAAUUGUUUCUCAAUUUCUUCUGCAAACUGUUGUUUCAGCUCUUUAAUCUGCCGUUGUGUUUCGUGCUCCAAGUCCCUUAUUUUACCACUGUACUGCUGUUGGACCCUUUCCACAGCUUCCUCUUUUGCUUUCACUUUUCUGUCUAUUUCCUCCUUGUCUUCCGCUCUCCUCCUCUCCAUUAGUUUUUCCAUUUCAUUCAUUUUUCUUGCCAUUUCUUCCUGAUGCUGCAAUUUUAACACUUCUAACUCUUUUUCUUUCUCUUGCAACUUCUGUGCCAUGUCUUUUUUGUAGGUCAGACGAAUCUUUUCCUUCUCUUUUUCAUUUUCCAGCAUUUUUUCUUCUGUUUGGGCGAGAAACCUCUGCACUAACUCCGCUAUCUCUCUCUUUUUUACUUGCAUUUGUUCCUCUGUUUCUUUUGCAAACUGCUCUUUCAGCUCUGCAAACUUUCUUUGUUUUUCUAGCCGCGUUUCCUUUAUUUCAUUGUCAUGCUGCCGUUUGACUCUUUCCAUAUCUUCUGUAUUGUCUUUAAACUUUUGAUCAAUUUCUUCUUGGUGUUGAACUUUCAUUGUCUCCAUCAUUUUUUCUAUUUCUCUGAUUUUUCUGGCCAUCUCUUCCUGAUGCUGCAGUUGUAUUCCUUGUAUCUCUGCCUCUUUCUCAUGCAUCUCUUUCCUAUGUUGUGAUUUCAUUUCUUCAACUUUCCUUUCCGUAGCUUCUUCACAUUGUUUUAUGAUAGCGUGAGCUUUCUGCUUUUCCUCUGAGGCUUUCUUCCUAUUUUUUUCCAGUUCUUUGUCUUUUUCAAGCAGUUUGACUUCCAUCUCUUUUUUAAGUUUUUCUUCCAUCUCUGCCAUCUCCCUGUUUCUUUCUUGUUCUUUUCUCUCGAGCAUAUCAUCAAUAUGUCUUUUAGUCUCGUCCAUUUCUGCUUUUAAAGAAUCAACUUUUUCCAUCCACUCUGCUUUCUCUUUCUUCUGCAGCUCUAUGUUGUCUUCCAAUUUCUUAACCUCACUCAACCACUCUUGCUUCUUUGCUUUGAUGGUAUCCUCCCUCUGUUUUCUCUCAUGUUCAUUUGCUACACCUGCACGCUCAAGGUCCAGCAGCUUCAGCUGCUGCUCGUCAAUUCUUUCCUUCAGCUCCUCCGUCUCUCUCUCUUUUAGCUCCAGCCUGAGCAUCGCCUCGUCCCUUUCUCGUCUGCUCUGGGUUAGCGCCACCUGGAUUCUUUCAUUUUCUAUGCUCAUAUCCUGAAUUUCUCUUUCUUUAUCCUCUGUCAGCCAUCGCAUCCUCUCCUCCAGCUCCCCCUCAACUUCCCCAUCAUUCUUCCUUUCUCCCAUCCUCCUGUUCUCUUCCUCCUCCUCUUCCCUUUGAACGUCGGCUUUUCCGGGUGAUUUCCCCUUCUUCUUCCUGUCAAAAAACCACCUGAUUCUUUUCAUCUCCCUGUCUCUAAUAUUUUUCAACUCCUCCUCCUGGCGAAGCAUUUUAUCUCCCAUGUCCUUCAGCCGCUGGUUGAACUUCUCGUUCCUGUGCCGGCUCAGAUCUAUGACCUCCUGAACUAGGCCGGAGAAAGCCUCGCACCUGUUCACCGCCGCCAUCUUUUCUAUCUUCUGCAGGAGCUCCGUCACCUUAACGGAGCCUUCAGUUCCUCUUCCUCCUCCAUCUAGGCUGCUGACGACGUGGUACCUGCCCCUGCACUUCUCCAGCAGCCACUGGAGAUCCCUGCCCCCGCCCUGGAUGUGCUGCUCGAUAUCCACCCCCUCCCGAAGCUGAUCCCCGUGGGUGAAUAGCAAUAUUGUGUGUCUCCAUACACCCUCGCCCAGAAGCUCCAGAUGUUCCUUCACAUGUGCGGCCCUCACCAGUGUAUCCACCCUCAGACUCAGCAGGAGCGCGUGGGGCCCUGGAGGACACAAGGCCACACUGCUGACAAUCUCCCUCUUCACCCUCUCAGGUGUGGCCCCCGCCACACCUCCCUCCCAGCCGGGAGUGUCCACCACCGUCACCAGCCGCAUGGCCACCUCCGCUUGCUGACAGACGCACUCCUCUGUCACUGCCCCGGCCUGAAAGGAGCCCAUUUUGCCCAGGAUGGUGUUCCCGGCAGAGCUCUUUCCUGUUUCACGCUCGCCCAGGAGAACCAGCCUGACCUCAGUUAGACGUCGGGGAACCUUGGAGAACGACUGGCGGGCGUCUAGCUCUGAACCUUGAAGACCAUCGCCUGGAAUUGAGAAAGGACUUGAGUUUUACAAACUGAACAGACUGAAGAACUCACUCAUUAGAGCAGCUUUGAUGGUCCCUCUCUGCAUCUGCGUCUCCAUCUGCCUCUGUUUCUUCCGCCUCUCCCUUGCUCUCCGCUUCCCGUCUGCUUCCAGACCCACCAGGACCGUAUUAUCCAUCUCUAAAUGGCUGCUUCCAUCCUUCUUCCCCUCCACCAUCUCCUCCAGCUUCCUUAUCAGCUCUUUAACCUGCGUCCCAUCUCCUUUGCUCCGGUUAUCCAGGACAUGGUAUCUGUUCCCGCACUUUUGGAGGAGCCUAUGGAGCGCCGGGCCGCUCGUCUGGAUUCGUUGCUCCAUUGACACCAGGCCUAGCUCGUCUCCCCGGGUAAACAGCAACAUGGUGUGCUCCCAAACUGCUUUUCCCAGCGGCUCUAGGUGCUCCUCUAUCUCACUGAUGUAGUCAUCUGUUACUGAGGCGCAGGAUCGCACCACAAGCAGCACAGCGUGGGGUCCAGAAGGGCAAAGUGUCACACUCCGUAAAGUCUCCCUCCUCACCCAGUUGGGGGUGCUGUUGAGCGGGUAGUACCACUCCCACCCUGGGGUGUCUACCACUGUGACUUUCCUCCCUGCCACAUCAGCUCGCCUUUUCACACACUCCUCCGUGGGCUUCCCGCUCUCAAAGCCCCCUACUCCUCCCAAGAUGGUGUUGCCAGCCGCGCUCUUCCCUGCUCCUUUCCUGCCCAGGAGGACCAGUCUAAGCUCUGGGAGAGCCGGGGGGGCGCUGCAGGAGGCGGGAGGGCGUUGUGAGUCCAUGGCGGCCUGCAGACUCUCAUCUGUGAAGAAAUGGAGAAGUACUUCCUCAGUGCACCGUACCGGAUAAUCUGAAUGACACAAAACACAGAAGUGUGACAGUCAUCUAGUCUCUGCUUUACAUCUAAAAAACUGCACUUUAAACCUUCUUUUUCAUUGUGAUUGGAUUGUUAUUAUUAUUAUUAUUAUUAUUAAUACCUAAACAUUAAACUGCAUUUGCUAUCAGAAAGUAAAUACAUACUAUACAAGCUUAUUUCAAUUGUAUACUUAAGUAAAGAAAGAAUGUAAGAGCUCUACAAUAAACUCACCACCAUUCGUGAUGAUGACUGGACUACAGUUCUCAUCUGUCACGUCCAUCACAUCUCUGUCCGCUUGUCCUUCCUCUUCCUCUUCCUCUUUUUGGUUCCUGUGUGUCUUUUACAGGAAGAGUUUCUACACUAUCAUUGUGAAAGAAAACACAAACACCCUUCGUAGUCAAUUGAUCCAAAAUGAAGAUUGGUGCUGCACAAAACUGAACACAGAAAAUGGAAGACUUGCCGAGUCACGUGACCAACCUGUGGUUUUCUGACGUGCUCUCCUUCAAUGAGGCAGGAAGUUAAACGAUGGCAUGGGUAUAUAAGCAGAAGCAAAAGUUUCCCAAGACGGAGCAGCAGCAGCAGCAGCAGCAGCAGCAGCAGCAGCAGGCCAACUCCAACAGCAGCUUCUCUCUCCAACUUCAUUUAAGUCGUGCAACGCAGCAUCCAGCCUGAACCAUCACCACCAUGUCUGAUCAAGGUGCCACCCCGACCCCCUCUGUUCCCCCCCCUGCUCCCACGGGACCCCCUCCGAAGGUGACGAACCGCGGCCGCACCGCAGUUCCCAUCUCCAGCUCCAACUCUGACUCAACGGACAUACCUGAGUUUGAGCCCUUUGUUUUACCGGGCCCGAGAGGAUUUCCACCUAUGACUGAGUAUCUUGACAUCUUGGACGUGGACAUGAUGAGGAGGCCAGAAGAGCCGAACAAGAAGCAACACCACACCGAGUUUUUCAACUCUGACUAUCUCAUCGUCCGUCGAGGACAAGAGUUCCAGGUCAAGAUCACCUUCAACCGUCCCUACAAUCCUGCUACAGACAAGUUCGCUGUGGAGUUUGUCAUCGGCUCCAGCCCACAGUUCAGCAAAGGCACCUAUAUUCCUGUCUUCACUGCCAAGGAGCGUCCGAGCCCCUGGGAAGGCCGUGCCACAGACACCGCCGACAACACAGUCACCAUGGGCAUCACUCCUGCGGCAGAUUGCAUUGUGGGAAAGUACCACAUGUUCGUAGCUGUGGUGACGCCCUUCGGCAUCCGCAGGACCAGACGGGACAACAGCCGAGACCUCUACAUCCUCUUCAAUCCCUGGGUGUCAGCUGAUGCUGUGUUUCUUGAUGACGAGAAAGAGAGGCAAGAGUGUGUGAUGACUGAGAUGGGGAUCAUCUACCACGGCGCCUACGACGACGUGGCUGAAAGAGACUGGAACUAUGGACAGUUUAACUAUGGAGUCCUGGAUGCCUGUCUGUACAUCAUGGACCGGUCUGACAUGCCCAUCAUCAACAGAGGAGACCCCGUCAGGGUGACCAGAAAGGCCUCUGCUAUGCUGAACUCUCGUGAUGACGAGGGCGUGCUGGUGGGGAACUGGAGCGGCGACUACACCUACGGAGUGGCGCCUACUUCCUGGACUGGCAGCACAGACAUCCUGCUCAGCUACGCCAACAGCAAGAUGCCUGUCUGCUACGCUCAGUGCUGGGUCUACGCUGCCGUCUUUAACACCUUCCUGCGCUGUCUGGGCAUCCCAUCGCGGGUCGUCACCAACUUCUACUCCGCUCACGACAACGAUGGAAACCUGAGGACCGACAUCAUCCUGGAUGAGAACGGCAGGGUCGACCGCGGUCGCACCAAAGAUUCUAUCUGGAACUAUCACUGCUGGAAUGAGUGCUACAUGUCCAGACCAGACCUCCCGACUGGCUUUGGAGGCUGGCAGGUUGUGGAUGCAACACCACAGGAGACCAGCGAUGGCAUGUACAGAUGUGGUCCUGCAUCAGUUAAGGCCAUAAAACAUGGGCAGAUAUGCUUUCCAUUUGACGCUGCCUUUGUGUUUGCUGAGGUCAACAGCGAUGUGGUGUUUUAUUCCCGGAGUAAAGAUGGGACCAUGGAGCCGGUCAAAGUGAACCGGACUCAUAUUGGCCGCAUGGUUGUGACCAAAACUCCAGGAGACGUGACCCGCCGCGACAUCAGCGAUAACUACAAGUUCCCUGAAGGCAGUACAGAGGAGCGGACUGUCCUGGAGAAAGCGGAGGAAUACGGCUGUCAGCGAGAGAAGUCCAACCCUCCUGUGGCGGACGUUGACCUGGUCUUGCCCACCCUGGAGAUCAGCGUGGGCGACGACUUCGAGCUGAGCCUGGAGUUCAUAAACCGCAGCACCCAGCGCCGCACCGUGGACGCCUACAUCAGCGGGAGUGUGGUGUAUUACACCGGAGUCACCAGCUACGAGUUCCUGUUCAGGAAUCCCACAGUGAAGAUUGGUCCCAACCAAAGUGUGAAAGAGUCUAUGAUGGUCGAGUCUAAGAACUACAUGAAGCAACUGGUGGAACAGGCCAACCUUCACUUCAUUGCUACUGGGAAGAUCAAGGAGACCGGCCAGAUCGUCACCGCCAUGAAAGUCGUCACCCUGCACAAUCCCAAACUCACCGUCACGGUGUCUGAUGGCGGCAAAGUUAAUGAAGAGAUGACGGCGACUGUGGAGUUUACAAACCCUUUCACCUCCAGCCUGGAGGGCGUCUACAUUCGCAUGGAAGGACCCGGAAUCAUGCUGCCCAAGUCCAAAUAUUACAGUCUGAUCCCAGGAAGUUCCUCCCUGACCUGGACCGAGUUUUUCACCCCGCAGAGGGCUGGCAGAAGCAGGGUGAUCGCUUCUCUGGACUGUUCUGCUGUCAGGCAGGUCUACGGCCAGGCGUCCGUCACCAUCGCACCCUGAGGAUCACUGUAGGAUCACUGACGCCAGACAACAUUCAUUCAUUUACACAGUAUAAGCCUAUAGCAUAGUUACGUCACUGCAGGUUUUCACAGCUUAACAGGUUUAGCUUCAGCAUUUACUAUAACCACGGUGAUAGUUUUUAGUUAUAGGCUACGAAAGAUCUUGAUGUAGAAAAUAGUUGUUCUUUAAAAUUGCAAUUGGUUAAAAAAAAGAUGCUAAUCAACACAUUUGUGUCCCAUAUCAAAUAAUUUGACAGUUAAAGCUAUAGUGCGUAGUUUCUGUCUCCUCCAUGUGGAAUUCUAAGAAAUGACAACAACACUGUCGGCGCGUCCACAUGAUACAGCCUUCCGUGAUCGCACACGAGCCCCCACCCAUCCUCGAUGCAGUUGCUAGUAGCCAAAGACGACAUGGAGGAUUAAAAUAACAUGACGGACUCUUCAGAAGAGGU